AUGGCAAAAAGGCAUAGUCAUUAUCAAGGAAGCAGACGUAGGCAUGCACGUGGUAGCAAUUCCAAGAAAGCUGGCAGGGGGAAUGCUAAAGGCAUACAAGGCAGAAAGAUAAAGAAAAAACCUACUCCCACUAACAGUUGGCAUAACUCUUCUAUACCACUAGGAGAAGGUGAUCUUGAUGAUGUAGGCGCCGACUUCAACCCAGGAAGAGCAUUCAUAUCACCAAAAACUAUAGAAGACUAUUAUUUUGGUCGCGAUGCCAAGAGCCGUUCUAUGAAAAUGGGUGGUUUAAGACCAGGUAAUCGAUAUGAUUCUUCAACUGACCUACAAGCAGGAAGGGCAGCAUUCCGCAAAAGACCUAUGCAAUUUGUAAAAGCUAAGGAAGUUUACGAUCCAUCCCACAAUAUGAUUCAAAAACUGAGAGCAAAGAACGAAACAAAGAACAGUGAAGAAAUUGUCGAAAGGGAAGCAGACGUUUUUGAAGAACCAGGAAAGAUGACUUCUGAUGUUGAAUAUAUUAACAAUGAAGACAGUGAAAACGAGGAUGAUGAUAGUCAGAAUUCACCCUCGACGGACCACUCGCUGUCUUCGAAUGAAAGCAAAGUUGAAGAUGGUGACCUGUUUUUUGUAGAUGAAGAGGCUCAGCAAUCGCCGGAUCUAACCAAAAUAAAAAGAGUAUGUAUCGAGGAAAUCGCAAGGCCAAGAGAAGUUGCGAUAGAGUUCGAUCCUAUCUUAACAAUUGGAAAGGUUGAACUUAGCGUUUCCGAAGGUAACGAAAGCAAGGAAAUUAGUGUUGACGUUCCAAAUAAGGGUAAUAAGACAUAUCAUCCAUUUGCUGGUUACAUUUCCAACGUAUUACAUGGUAUGCAUACUAGCGACUCGGACAAUGAUGAACUAGACUACGAAAUAGAAACAGAGAAUAAUAGUGAACCUUUAUACGAAUCCUCAGCAAGUUCUGAGGUUGAUCAAGGGUUUAAUUAUGUUGGCCAACGUCACAAUUCCCGAGCUGACAACAAUCUUUUACCAAGCCCUAGUCCGCAGUUGACAGAAGAUAUAAAAUGUCUUUCAAUAAAUGGUACCAAAACAUUCGAAGGCAAUAAUGAUAAUCUGCCAUCUCCUGCUAGCGAAGAGUUAGAAUUUGGAUUCAAAGAAGAAGAUUUUGUCAUAAAUACUAAUGACAUAGUGGUCUCCAAUAUAAGAAUGGGCGGAGUAGACAAUUCAUAUUAUCUACGGUGUUACAGAUUACUGGGAGAUUACGACUUUCAUUGGAUUGACCAGGACUUACUCACAGACUUCGUUGUAGACGAGUUAGGUCUUCCUGAAGAUAGAUUACCUGCAUAUUUGAAUUUUAUUAAAAAUUCUCUUAUACCAAAAAUUGAACCAGCUGAGCCAACCUACUCAGAUAUUCCGAUUUCUGAUUCGAGUGAUGAAGGUGACAGCUAUGAAGGCGACAGCUAUGAAGAUGAUGAAGAUAUGGCCUCCUCGGUUGUGCAUAGCGACAUUGAAGAGGGUCUGGACGACCUAAUUGCAUACACAUUGAAACAUGAUACAGAAAGAUUCAAAACAUUUGAAACCAAGUCCUUGGAAACUAAGGGUAAAGGUAAGAAGAAGAAGCUACUCAUCGAUGACGCCUUAGCGCUGGAUACAGAAACGUUGGAGACGUUACAAAGUAAGUUUAGUAAACGCAUAGAAACCAAAGCAAAGAAAAGAAAAGCCAAAGAAGAUUUCAUUGAUCAGGAGAAUAGAAAUUCGAACGAUAUGCUCAAGAAAUACCCAUAUGGACUCCAUAUUCAAAAUAUUAAAGAUGAAUUUGAGUCCUUUUUGUCUAGGAACAAUGAUAGACUGACUUUCCCUCCAUUAGAUCCUCAUGGAAACAAGACCGUAAUGAAAAUUGCGAAGCAUUAUAAUAUGAAGAGUUCAAAAAUUGGGAAAGCAAAUCAUACGUCGGUUGUUGUAGAAAAAAUAAAGAAAACGAAAUGGUCUUCUCCGAAUUAUAGUCUCAUUGACCAAUUGAUGAGGCAGAGGCCAGUAUUCAUGAGAAUAGAUAUAAGAAGACCGAGGGAGGAACAAGCUGCUUUCGAAAGAACUAAAACAAUCAGAGGGAAAUUUCAUGUUAAAGAAGGUGAGAUUGUUGGUCAAAACGCUCCAGAGAUUGGAAACGAAAAUAUCGGUAGAAGAAUGUUGGAAAAGCUUGGGUGGAAAAGUGGAGAGGGCCUUGGUAUUCAAGGCAAUAAAGGUAUAAGUGAACCAAUUUUUGCCAAAAUUAAAAAGAAUAGAUCGGGUUUAAGACACAGUGAAAGUUAA